UGUCCGUUUUGUUUUGGACGUUGACAGGCACGUGAGCUGCUGACGUCAUCAGGAGACAGGGCAGACGACAUGGCGGAGGAGACUGUUCAGAAGGUUGUAUUUGAACACGAAGGCGUCUUCAUUCACAGCAGCAGCGAUGAGGACGGCAUCGAGCAGGAUCUACUCGUCUCAGGGUCACUUCGGAUUGUUGACAAGGAUGGGGAGAUCUUUGUGGAGUACAGACCUUUGGAGGACACUGUCGACCCCUCCAACAUGCUGUGUGCUGGAAAGGACUCCAGUUCAGUCAUGGAGUGGGCUCAGUGUCCAGGGGACAGGUCUCACCAGCUGUUAGAGACUCAGCAGAGCUAUGAGACCGAGUGGGACAUGGUCAACGCCGUGUCCUUCAAGAGGAGACCCUGCACAAAUGGAGAGGGCUCUCUGAACCACAGCCACGAGAGGAGCAGGUGGGCGUUCACCUUCAGUGUCAGUGACCUCAGGUCCAUCACAGUGAAGGAGGAAGGGUGGAGCUUCCUGCUCUUUAAACUGAAGGACUCCUCCCCCCUCUCUGCUCUGCACUUCCAUCAGGGAGGCAGCAGAGAGUUCCUGGACAGCCUGAGGAGAUUCGCUCUGCUUAGCGAGGCUCCAGAUGAUGAAACAUGUCUGUUGGUCAGCACACCGAACAAAGCUCUGUCCCAGUCCUUCGAGAACCUUCUGGACGACAACAACUUCGGCCUCGUUCAUCAGAAGUUCAGAAAAGACCCAUAUGUGACCACGCUGGGCAGCUUCUCCAAAGUCACCAACUACAUAUUUGAUGCUUUCCGGGGGACGGAGGAGCAGCACCAGCGCCCCCCAGAGGAGGUGGCCGACCUGCUGGGUGAAGUCAUCCCGGGACUGGAGAUCAACCAGCAGGAGGAGCCGGGCUUCGAGGUCAUCACCAGGAUCGACCUGGGGGCGAGGCCUCAGGUGACGAGGAGGGAGCCUCUGUCUGCAGAGGACUGGACCAAAUACCAGGAUCCAGAGGGGAGGAUGAUCAAGAUCCGUCACCUCAAACAAGUCAUCUUCAAAGGGGGACUCUGUCACGCUGUGAGGAAAGAGGCCUGGAAGUUUCUGCUGGGGUAUUUUCCAUGGGACAGUACGCUGGAGGAGAGGAAAGCUCUGCAGAGAAACAAGACUGAUGAAUACUUCAGGAUGAAGCUGCAGUGGAAAUCAGUGAGUGAGGAGCAGGAGAGGAGGAACUCCAGACUCAGAGACUACAGGAGUUUGAUCGAGAAGGACGUGAACAGAACAGACAGAACAAACAGGUUCUACGAGGGGAUCGACAACCCCGGCCUGGUUCUCCUCCACGACAUCCUGAUGACCUACUGCAUGUACGACUUCGACCUGGGUUACGUUCAGGGGAUGAGCGACCUGCUCUCACCGAUCCUCUACGUGAUGGAGAACGAGGUGGACGCUUUCUGGUGUUUUGUCUCCUUCAUGGACCAGAUGCACCAGAACUUUGAGGAGCAGAUGCAGGGCAUGAAGACUCAGCUGAUCCAGCUCAGUACUCUGCUGAGGCUGCUGGACUUGGCCUUCUGGAACUACCUCGAGUCUCAGGACUCAGGUUACCUGUAUUUCUGUUUCCGCUGGUUGUUGAUCAGAUUCAAGAGGGAGCUCAGUUUCCAGGACGUUCUCCGGCUCUGGGAGGUGAUGUGGACCGGCCUGCCCUGUCAGAACUUCCACCUGCUGGUCUGCUGCGCCAUCCUGGACUCAGAGAAACAGAAGAUCAUGGAGGAGAACUACGGCUUCAAUGAAAUCCUGAAGCACAUAAACGAACUCUCCAUGAAGCUGGACAUCGAGGAGAUUCUUCAGAAAGCUGAGGGCAUCAGUCUGCAGAUCAGGAGCUGUAAGGACUUGCCUGAAUCCGUGAGCAACAUUUUGGGCUUUCACACAGAGGCGUCCGGCUCUGACCCGACAGAUCCUGGAUCUCGUCCGGCUCCCAGACCGGCUCAGCGACAGGACGCCUGCUCCAACGGCCACGGACACUUGAGAGAAACCGGCUCUCACAACAGCUGCAAAGUUGCCUUCAUAUCAUAGUGAACAGCAGAACCAACCAGAGACUGACUCAGUGUCAGCGGGACGGCGGCGACAGCAGAGCGUCACCGCGUCGUCCUGCCCCCCCAACACGCCCCCAGAGAAAAGAGGAGAAGAAGAAGAAGAGAAUGUAAAAAGGAUUUAAGAUUAUUCAGAAUCUUAUUUUUGUAAUUUCUUGUACCUUAUUGUCUCUUUCACUCAAAUAGUCAUUCCUUCUCCUGAUUGUUUCUAAAGCCCCAUUCAGACAGGAUGAACAGCACGGGGGGGU